GGUGUGCCAAAAAAGCUACUGCUCAAGGGUGAUUCCUUCGCAGCCUCUAGCUAUCGCAUUCUCCAGUUUUUGCUUCAGUCGCGUUCUAAACGGUGGCGGAUUUUCGAGCCCGGGGGCUACUCUUGCGCUUGCGGGAGGAGGUAUAUGCAUGUCACCACCACCAAGCAGAGGCUGAGCUGCACGCAGACGGGCACUAAGACCGCAACGCCUCCAUUUCCUCUCAGGGUGGAUGCAGAAGCUGAGAGGAGGAGACCUCCAGACACGGGUGGAGAAGGAUAGGAAGAGGAGAAAAGCAAUGCGAAAUCAAGGAUAUAGCUGAGAGAGAGAGAAAGAGAGGGGGAGAGAGAAAGGGGCGACUGAAGGGAAGACGCGGGGGGAAAGAUCUGUAGAUAAUCUAUUUAUAUUUAGACAUAGGAAGGCAUCCCCUAGAAGAUUGGUCCAAUGAACAUGUCAGUGUUGACUUUGCAAGAAUACGAAUUUGAAAAGCAAUUCAACGAGAAUGAAGCCAUCCAGUGGAUGCAAGAGAAUUGGAAGAAAUCUUUUCUGUUUUCAGCUCUGUAUGCUGCCUUUAUAUUUGGUGGUCGGCACCUAAUGAACAAACGAGCAAAAUUUGAACUGAGGAAACCGCUAGUGCUCUGGUCCUUGAGCCUUGCAGUCUUCAGUAUAUUUGGUGCUGUCCGAACUGGUGCUUACAUGCUGUACAUUCUGAUGACCAAAGGCCUGAAGCAGUCAGUGUGUGACCAGAGUUUUUACAAUGGACCUGUCAGCAAAUUCUGGGCUUAUGCCUUUGUACUAAGCAAAGCACCUGAAUUAGGAGAUACAAUAUUCAUUAUUCUUAGGAAACAGAAGCUCAUCUUCCUGCACUGGUACCACCACAUUACGGUGCUGCUUUAUUCUUGGUACUCUUACAAGGACAUGGUGGCUGGCGGUGGCUGGUUUAUGACCAUGAACUAUGGAGUGCACGCUGUUAUGUACUCUUACUACGCCUUGCGGGCUGCUGGCUUCCGAGUCUCACGCAAGUUUGCCAUGUUCAUCACCUUAUCACAGAUCACUCAGAUGUUGAUUGGUUGUGUAGUUAAUUACCUGGUCUUCUCCUGGAUGCAACAGGGGCAGUGCCACUCCCAUGUUCAGAACAUCAUCUGGUCUUCUCUCAUGUACCUCAGCUAUUUCGUGUUAUUCUGCCAUUUCUUCUUUGAGGCCUACAUCGGCAAAACCAGAAAAGCAAGGAAGGCUGAUUAGUGGUAUAAAACAAGACAGAAGCCAUAGCUCAGGGUCAUCAAGAAAAACAAAAGAAAAACAAACAAAACAAAAUGGCACAAGGAAACAUGAAUGGUGCAGCUAAACCUCGGCAGCUUAGGGACAGCUAGGUUGGUUUAAACCAGUAAGUUUAUGAUCCUAUCAUGGUGAGGACUCACUGAAUUCUACUCCAUCUCUGACGACUGCUGAGGAAAGACAUCUUCCUUCUUGUACCUGUCAGCUCUGAAAAAGGAAGGAAAAUAACAUUUUGCAGGGGAGAAAUAAGCCUUGUGCUUCCCCAAAGAUGGAAGAAAGACCUUUAUAAAAAAAUUAUUUCUAUAUCCUUUCUAAUCUUUUUUUCUGCAUUCAAUUUGAACAAAACAAAGCAGAGAGCAGACAAACUAUUUGUGUCUAUGAUACCAGUACAGUUACAAAAUUAAAAACUUUAUCCUAAAGGGUUGACCUGUUUAGCCCAAAUGUGAAAAACGAAUGGUUAUCUUGAAUGUUUGUUAUGGAAAGUCAUUGAACUAGUGAAUGGAGUUGAUAAAAGAUUGAUUUCUCCACUCUGUGAUAUGCUGUGCAUGCAGAUUUGGGAUGCAACAUCUAUGCUUUCAGCAGGCAGAGAGGAGCAGUAAUUUUUCAAGAUUUAAAUUUGAUGAGAUACAUAUCAUAUCUCAGAGAGUGCUUUUUCCAAGUGCAUUUUCCAAUCAAAGUCAAGGAAUUUCUGCAGCAGAAUAAGGCAGAGGGUUAAAUCAAUCUCUGUUACAUUGCCUGGAGCUAACAACAGAGUAAUGGGUGUGGAGGAUGAGAACCCCCUAAUAUUUUUUAACAAUUAUCUGUGAGUCUCAAAUUAAUCAGCAGUAUUACAGCAGCUGAAGUAAAUGAAAGUGGGGAAGAAUCAAAAGAAAAUUUAGACAGCUAGAGACAGACACUCUAUCUACAGAAUAGGGCCCUGUGGUACAGCACAUAUUUUAUAUUUUUGUGAACUUAAGAAAAAGAUAUCUGCAACCGUAAUAGCAUUCGGCAGGACUGUAUGUGACAUUGGCUAACACUGUGUUUCUGCAUUUGCUUCAUGAGCAGUGCAAAGAAGUUUAAAGUGCCCUCCUCUGGUCAUGUGGAGAUACUACAACAAAACUUACUUGGAAUAGUUUUUCUUGAGACUUCUAUAGAAAUAUUAUUCUAAUGAAAUCAUUUUGCUGCAACAGCUUAACUAUAAUGUCCAGGGAGAAUUAUCCUUAAUUGAGAACAAUCUGCUUUGUAGCAUCCUACUGACCACUUAAGAAGACAUCCUGUUCUCAAGUCAGCUACAGAUAGGAGAAAAGAUAUUUCACUCUGCACCUGAAAGGCAGUUAGUUGAUAAGAGCCAUAUUCUUUCAAAGAAAAGUAGAUUGCGUUAUCUGUAAUUUUUCAGUCCUUACAAAGCCAAAUAAAAUAUGUACAAGUUCCUAGUAUUUAAAAAAAGCAAGUAUGUAAACUUGAUGUUAAAUGUGUUAAUGUAGUAUUCUAAAUUGUAAUCAGUUUGGUAGUUGAACUAAACAAUUAGAAGAACUAGAUGAACAGAAUAUGUUCUGCAUAGAAUAUACACAACUAGACCCAUAGACACAUUAUGUGACUUGUCAACAAGAAGAAAGUCCAGUGGAAGAGAAUCACAUUUUCUGGCUAAUGCAAAAGAUUGUCAUUAUCUUUUUUGCUUUAAUUUGAGAUUGUACAGUACAAAGUAUUAUUAUUAUUAUUAUUAUUUUGGCUUUAAUUGUGCUGACAUUCAUAAAACAGAGCUGCUUAAUAUUCUAUGAGAGAUGACAAGGGCUUUAAGUGUCUCUAUGUGAAGAAGAACAAAAAAUAAAGUUACAUUCCGUAUUA